AUGCUAGUACAAUCCGGUGAAGAACUGAGGCAAACCUUAAGCGAAAAAGUGCAACAGGCGGCACUUAUUGCAGGAAGAGUUAAGAAGACGUGUUCCGUGGAUAAGAAACUCGGCCGAGCAGGGAAAGUUAAGCAAGGGCAGACUGUAGAGAAGAGACAGGAAUAUCUGGCAGCGAAGGAGGAAGCAGAUAGCCUUAGAUCAAGAAAGCUGAGGAGGGCUCAGAUUGGAGAGGUAUUAAGAAGAGAAGUAUGGACUGAUCACAACGGUCCAGGUAACUGA